AUGACUUCGUGGCCAAGUUGGCUAAGGCGUGAGACUGUUAAUCUCAAGAUCGUGAGUUCGACCCUCACCGAGGUCGUAAUUUUUUUUUUUCUAUCCAGUAUGGUCCCCAAAACCUUUAUACCUACAAGAUACUACGAAGAUAUUAUGUAA